UCACGUAGGUUUCCACAAACAUGCGAAGAAACAGGAUGUCCCAAUGCCGGUGACAGCCCCGCGCUUGCUCGCUUCGCAUGAUACCGACGAUGGGCAAAUUUAGCAGCACCCGACGCUUCGCGGAGUUUCCGGCAUGGACUUCGGGGCCAUGCUGACCCGACGGGGACGGAGCAAACGGCGACGUGGAGCACUGGAUCGGACCACUGAGGUUUAGCGGGAAAGAGACCUGAAAUCAGCUAGAUUCACACGGGACUUGGGCCUGGACAACACACAUAAUUCCGCGCAUUGUAGUUUCUUAUGGUAAUCAUCUGGUGUUUCUCGGCUCUUGUCAUUUUCAAGACACUUUCGUUAAACCAGCCUUUUCACAACUUGACAGGUCAUCCUUGCUCAUUGUAGAGCUUAUCUUGACGAGCCCAGGUGAGCUCUUUGGGUGUGGAUCUCCCAUCUCCCCCGAAGGAUCUGGUUCCAUGUCCCAUUUCGCCUAAAAUGGCCUCUUACCGGUUUAUCCCCAUCGCUUUCUUAUAUAUAAGCUGGGCCGAACCUUCGUCAACGUCAGCCUCACCUGCUUCUAUUGAAGCUCAAUCACAAUCACACAAUGGGCUUCAUACUGCAGACUAGUGUCAUCUUCAGCGUCAUUCUUGGCGUGGCCCUGCAGCUCGUACUCAAGGACCCCGUCUGGAUGGCCUUCGGCAUUGGGAAGACCUUCCAGCCUCUGUCUGACUUCCCCUACUCGUGUCGCCGCAUCAAGGACCCCAGGCUGCAGGCAUGCGAAGACAUGUGGCUAUCCGAGGCCACGCGCCAGCUGUUUCUGGCCUGUUCUGACCCUCUGUCUCGCCAGCAAUGGAUGCCCAACGCCCACCACCUUAACGCUUCGGGCCGCUCCACCAGGGAUGCUGUCGUUGCCAUGGAUAUUGACAGUCCCAAGGGCGACGGGUUCGAGUACCGCACUCUCUCCACCCCCGGAUUUUCUGGCACAGCCGGCGAUGGCCUGCUCCAGCUUGUCGGGUUGACAGGAAUCGAUUCCCCGGAAGGUAACAAGAUCGAGCUUCUUUUGGUUAACAACCGCCCAACUGUUGACCCCGCCACCGGCGAACUACUCGACCAAACGGUUGUGGGUGCCAAUUCCACCAUCGAGGUCUUCGAGACCGGUUCUCAAGCUGUUGGAAUGAAGCACGUCCGAACCUUUGCUGGUGCCAAUGUCUCAACCCCGAACAACAUUGCGGCACUGUCUAGCGAUGCCUUUUACUUUACCAAUGAUCGUGGCGUCAACAAAGUUGGCUUGAAAUCCAUUGUUGGCACUUUGUUAGGCCAAGGUGACGUAUCAUUCUGUUCCGUCUCAAAGGGAUGCAAACGCGUCUCGGAGCGCCAUCGGUUCCCCAAUGGCCUCGUCCGCGGCCUCGAUGGCCUCAUCUAUGUCCCGAGCGCCUUGGAAGGCGGCGUCCAGGUAUAUAAAGUCGUGUCCGAAGACGGCGGGCUCCAGAAAGUGGCCCACAUCCCCGUGCCGUACUCCAUUGACAACCUGUCGGUGGACGACAAGGGUGACAUCUACGCCGCCGUGUUCCCGCGGGGCAUCGAGAUCCUGCAGGCGUCUAACGACCCGCUCAACGCGAGGCCGAAGAGCGCCGCCGUGCGCAUUCACAAGGAUGGCGAGGGUGUAUACGUGUGGGAGAAGGUCAUCGAGGACGGAGCGGGCGAGGUGUUGCCGGGGUCUACCGUGGUUGUCCACGAUGCGAAGACGGGAAGAUUGUUUUUCGGGGGCGUGACAUCGCCGUUCAUCUCGGUCUGCGAGCCGACAAAAUGAGGCUGAGUUGCGUGAUUUCGAUCAUCACAUGAGUUUUGAUAAGGAGAAAUGACUCGAAGGAUCAGUUAUCGACCGGAAGGUCAGUUCGCGCAACCAUAUGGCAAAGGGGGCAUACCAUGCACCACAGCCAAUUCUCCACUUGGCGGCUGGCGUCAAGUUGACAGUACAUUAGUACAGAUCCGAGAGGUGUAGGAAGGCGUAGAUGGUAAGCACGACUUAGUUACAUAGGUAGCAUAUGUUAUGGGGAAUGAUAGGUUC